CUUCUUUGCGGGCAGGAGCAGUGUCUCUGCCUCUUGUAACUCUCUUUCAGCGGCGUUUGCGCUUCCUCUGGCUUCUGUACUAUGGCUGGGGUAAACCGGCGCGCGAAGCGGCUCUCAACCUGCCCAGCGGCGGUGUACGGCGGCGCUUGAGUUUUGGUAGUGCUUGCUAGUGCCUGUCACGCUAUGCUGCUAGAUGAUUAUUGACGAGAGCAUCAAGCUAAACAGCCAGGCAAGAAGGUAUUAUCGUUGAAAAGGUAGAAUUCCUAGACCUUAAGAAGAUUCCACAGGAACAGGAUCCGACACGCGACACACGCACGAAGCAAUAAAGCAUGAUCACCAGGCUCUCAUCAGUGCUCGUCUGCGCGACAGCGCUGCGCCCGCCGACGCAAAUCACACGCCCGCCGACGCGCCUGCACGCAGGAGGUGACUGGCAGCAGUGCGAGCGCCGAUUCGCCGUGCGCGGCCCGGUCGCGAAGGGCUACGGCCGCGGAGGGAAGAAGCUCGGCUUCGCGACGGCGAACCUGGACUCGGAUGUGAUUGGGGACGUCCUCGGCGACUUGGAAAAAGGCGUCUACGCCGCGUUCUACCAGACGGCGAAGACCACGGAGCCGCUGCGGGCCGUCGUGAACGUGGGCGUCGCGCCGACAUUCGAGGGCCAGGAGCAGCCCGUGAAGCUCGUCGAGGCGCAUCUGUUGGACCACGACGGCUCGGACUUGUAUGGGGACGCGCUCGCGCUGCUGAUGGUCGCCUUCAUCCGGCCGGAGAUGAAAUUCGACGGCCUCGACGCGCUUAAGGCGCAGAUCGGCGCCGACUGCGAGACGGCCAAGAGCGCGCUUGCCGACGUUGGUUUGAACUAUAUCGAGGAGGGCUUCCUGAAGGCGGUCAGCCGGCCCGCGCCGCCGAGCGCGACGCAGUGGUUUAUGUUGAGGGAGGACUCGGGCGUCGUGGACCAGUCGCCCUACGUGUGAGCUUCGUUCCCGCCCCGACGGCGUCGACGAGAAAAUUCAAACUAAACUUGGUUGUU